AUGGCAAUGAACGCGAAGCAGUCAGCCAUUCGUUUCGUUCGCAAAUUACUGGACGACAACGAAAUUGGAGAAGUUCGCCACGUUCACGCCGAGAUUGGCUACCCGUUCCCCAAAGACGAAGCGCGUCAGUGGAAAAAUGAGUUGGGAGGAGGAGGUUUGCUCGAUAUCGGCAUUUAUCCUCUUGCCUUCGCGACCAUGGUGUUCGGUACGGAGCCUGAGAAGGUGACGACGGCCGGUACACUCAACGAUGGCGGUGUAGACGUACACAACUCGGUGACGUUGCGUUACAACGACAAUCGUUUCGCUACCAUCGAGUACUCUAUGCUGGUGCAACUCAGUGAGACCGUCACGAUCUCUGGAACUACUGGACGCAUCCUCAUCCACACGCCAGCUCAUGUCGCUUCUGAAGUCUCCGUCAUUCGCAGCUCUGGACCAGGCAAAGAAGAAUCGGCAACGACGAAGUUUCCGUGGCCUACGCCAGACGCUGGAUACUCUUGCUUUUUGUAUGAAGGCGAAGCGGUCACGAAGGCUAUUCAGUCCAAGGAACUCGAAGCGAAAGAGUACUCGCUGGAUGAAUCGCUUGGUAUCAUGACCAUUAUGGACAAGAUCCGUAAGGAAAUCGGGCUUGUGUACCCUACUGACGCAAACUAG